AUGUCCGACCUCAAGUACAACAAUCUUGGAGAAUCUGGGUUGAAAGUUCCACCUGUGAUUGUUGGAUGCAUGAGCUACGGAAGCAAGAAAUGGGUUGAUUGGGUUGAAGAUGACGAAGACAAAGUUUUCAAAAUUCUCAAAAAGUGCUACGAUGCAGGUCUUCGUGCGUUUGACACUGCCGAUGUCUACUCCAAUGGUGAGCUGGAGCGUCUUCUUGGUGAAUUUCUCAAAAGAUAUGAGAUCCCUAGAGAAAGAGUCGUCAUCUUGACCAAAGGGUUCAUGCCCUUGGAUCCAAACGACUUGGGGUUCAAUUCUUUGCGAGGACACGCUAUUCUGGACAAGGACUAUGCCAAUGCCAAAGGUUUAUCUAGGAAGCACAUUUUCGAUGCAAUAAAGGCCUCAGUGGAACGAUUGGGCACCUAUAUUGACGUUUACCAGAUCCACAGACUUGACACAACUACACCCAAGAAGGAAAUCAUGCGUGCGUUGAAUGACGUCGUUGAGGAAGGAUAUACUCGCUACAUUGGAGCUUCGUCGAUGAAAGCUACCGAGUUUGCUCAAUUGCAGUUUAUUGCCGAACAGAAUGGAUGGCACAAAUUUAUCAGUAUGCAAAACUACUACAACUUGAUUUACAGAGAGGAAGAACGAGAAAUGAUUCCAUUUUGUCAAAAAAACGAUAUCGGUGAAGUUGGUCUUAUUCCCUGGAGCCCCAUUGCCAGAGGAGUCUUGGCUAGACCCGCGGGCUCGCAGUCCGAAGAGAGCGGCAGAGAUAAAUUCGACAAGACUUUUUCCAUGUUGGGGUUGGACAAGUUGACCGAUGCCGAUAAGACCAUUAUUGACCGCGUUGUGGAAAUCGGCAAGAAGCACGGCGAAAGCCCUGCUGUAGUUGCCACUGCGUGGGUCUUGAGCAAAGGUUGUAAUCCAAUCGUGGGCUUGAGUAGCGAGAAGCGAAUUGACGACAUUGUACGCGCGGCAAAGUUGAAGUUCACCGAGGACGAGCUCAAGUAUUUGGAGGAGCCCUAUCUUCCCAAGAAAUCAUUGUUUUAG